AUGAGUAUAGCUGCAUAUGCGUAUGAAGCUGACAGAGCUAAACGUUUAUAUUUUGGUCAAUACUCUCUCACACUUACUGACAAAUAUAUUGUUAUCACUGAUGGAAAUACUGAGAAAUACAUAACAUGGAAGGACUAUGAAAAGUUUGACCCUAUUUUAACUCCAUGUACUAUGCCGUUUAUAAAGGACGGUGAAAUUAUUGAAAAAGAUAAUACAACCGUAUAUAGGUCUGUUUAUGAAGCAUUAGAAUAUAUGUUGAAUCAUAACCCAAAAAGAUUCGAUCCAAGCACUACACCAUGUACAAUGCCUUUUAUUAAGGACGGUGAAAUCGUAAGAGUUCCGGAUUCAACGGUUUACACAGCUGUUCAAAACAGUUUACAAAACAUUUUAGCGAAUAUCUUUAAUUCAGAAACUACAGAAAUAAAAUUACCGUAUAUAACAGAUGCUAAAGAAAUUAAAUCAAAAACGACAACAUUAUUUACGUCACUUAAUGAUUUAAUGAAUUUUAUAAUUAAUACUCCUUCACCGACUACAGGAUUUGAUCCAAACUCGACGGUUUGCAGUGUACCUUUCAUUAAGGACAGUUCAUUAAUUACUUUAAGGGAUUCAACAGUUAAUGAAUCAUUAAAGGCUUCAUUAAUGAAAAUCAUUGAUUUUAACUCAUUCACGAAUACAUAUAAUUCAUUCAUUAAUGUUUCAUACACUUCUAAAGAAGGUGAGCCAAAAACCAUCGAUAAAGCGGUGUAUGAAAUAAAAGCAUCAACGACGAAAUUGAAUUCGUUAACUUUUGACGGUGAUAGUUUCGUUAAUGACAUAACAUCAGGAAAAACAAUUUUAACGAAAGAAUAUUUAAAAUCUCAUGUUAGUGAGUUCGUUGAAAUUGAAAAAGAAGGUGGAAUUAAGUUCGAGCCACUGAAUUUCAUUUUCAGCUUAGCGAAUGCGGGUGUUAAUUUUGCUGAAUGGACAACUAUACAAAGUGAAAUAAAUGCAAUAUGGACGUUUUUGGGGUCAAAAGCGGGAAUGAGUGAGCUUGUAAAUGCUGCAAGAACAUUAGGUGAAACAGGAAAUUUUGUAGAUGGUUUUAAAAGACUUGUUUCAAAUGUUUUAAUAAACACAAAGAAAUUAUUUAGAUAUACUGUACAUAACGGACGGAUUUUCGAACAGAUAACAACAAAUCCUCCGGUUAUGGCUGCGUCGAUGAUGGUUAGAGAUAUAAAACCACGUAACAACGACGGGAAUGAAGAACAUGAACAACAGGAUACUGGUCGGGUUAUUCGAGACAUUAAAAACGUGUAUCCUGAAGUUAUGGAUUUAUUUAGAGGAGUUAAUGAUUCAAUUUCAAAACAUUCUAUAACCCUCGAUGAAGAGAAUAAAUUAACAGAUUAUAUAUUCGUCAUUAUUGCAGAAUUAAUGAAGAGAAUAAAUGAAAAAAGAAUUGGUGAUAUCAUUAAUGUCAGCGAUGUAAUGAUGAAAAGAAAUUUUGACUCAUUAUUUACAAAACCGAAAACAGAAUAUAGUCUUUAUGACGUAAUUACCGAAUUAAUGAAAAAGAUUAAUGAUAAUAAGAGUUCUGGCGGAAGAGUUGAAUUAGAAGUGAAUGAUGUUAAUGAGAAAUUAGCCGAAAAAGCAGAUAAAAAUGAGCUUUUAGCUCUGAGUGAUAAAGUCAAGAACCAUGUUCAUUAUAUAACUUCAGAUGAACAGAUUAUAACGGACUACCAUAGAUAUUUAACACAAACCGAUGAAGAAGUGAAGACUGAAGACCCCAAUGAAAGAAGAUAUAAAUACAUUCGUGCUAAAGGUUAUGACAUAAGCUGUACUGUACAGUAUGACACAGGUAAAGCACAAGAAACAUUUAGUUAUAACGAUGAAAUUUAUGCCUCUACUUUCUCUGUUAAUGGUGUAUUAGUUGAACCAAAAUUUACUUUGAGAGUUAAGUCAAAAAUAACGUUUGAAGAUGCUAUUAAAAGUAAAGCUGACAAAGAUGAACUCGAAGCAAUGAACAAAGUUUUGAAAUCUCAUAAACACAACAUCUCCGAUAUAGAUGAACUACCAGCAAUGUUAGAUAAGAAAGCAGAUAAAGAACAUACACAUGAAUCCUUCUCAACUGUUAGAGCAGACGACAUAAUAUUGAACUAUACCCUUGGUUCAAGUGCACCUUUAGAGAAUCCAAGUACAAGCGUAAAAGAUACUCUUAACAAUUUAGAUAACAGUUGUAGGAAUAUUGAAGACCAUGCCAGAAACUUUGAAGCAUAUGAACUACCAACAAUGUUAGAUAAGAAAGCCGACAAGAACCAUACACAUAAAUCCUUCUCAACUGUUAGAGCAGACGACAUAAUAUUGAACUAUGAUUUGGGUUCAAGUGCACCUUUAGAGAAUCCGAGUACAAGCGUAAAAGAUACACUAAACAAUUUAGAUAACAGUUGCAGGAAUAUCGAAGAUCAUGCCAGAAACUUUGAAGCAUAUGAACUACCAACAAUGUUAGAUAAGAAGGCUGACAAAACAGAGCUUCAAACAUUAAAGACUGAAAUACUUCAAACAUUAUAUCCUGCAGGCUCUAUUUAUACGUCAAUGAACUCAACAAAUCCAGAAACAGUUCUGGGUUUUGGUACAUGGCAGCAGAUUGUAGACAAAUUCUUAUACUGUGCUAACUCUUCAAAGCAAACAGGUGGUUCAAAGAAAAUUAAAGAAGCAAACCUUCCACCGCACACUCAUACAGGAACGACAAACUUUUCUGGCGACCAUAGCCACUCAUUAAGAGACCAUCCAUUAUACAACUCAGAGUAUGAAGCUGGUCAUGAUGUUUUAUCUCCGUCUUAUAACAAUUCAGCAAAAAAGACUUUUCGACAAACUGAACCAGGAGGAAAUCAUGUCCAUACUUUCACAACAAAUCCAACAGGCUUGGGUGAAGAUUAUAUGCCACCAUUUAUGACUGUAUUUGCAUGGUACCGCGUUCAUUGA